AUUCCAUUCUUUCAAGUUUUGAUGAAAUUGGUAAAACGAAUGGACAUGACAGCGUCCAUUCUUGAAGGCUUCAAAUCUAAAAUGGAGAAAGCUGGCAUCUCCAUGUUGAUAAAUGGUCACAAUGGCACACCUGUUGGAGUGGGUGCAGCCAGAAAUCGGGCCAUUGGAGCAAGCAGUGGACAAUUCUUAUGCUUUCUUGAUGCAGAUGAUGUAAUGGACAGCAGAAGAAUUGAGAUGCAGUUAGCAGCAGCUGUCUCAAGACCAAGUGCUAUAGUUAGUUGUCAGUUCAGACGUCUCCCUGUGGACUCUACCCCACGAUUCACAGAUUGGUGCAAUAGACUUGAACAAGAACAGUUGUACACUCAGGCCUACACAUCACACGGUCCAACGGUUGCCAUGCCAACAUGGUUCUGCUCAAGAGAAGUCUUUGACAAAAUUGGAAAGUUUGAUGAGAGUGGAAAGGGUACACCGGAAGAUCUGAUCUUCUUCAUGGCACAUUUGAAAGGUGGAGGGGAGCUCUACAGAGUGAAUGAAAUCCUGAUGAUGUAUAGGUAUCAUCCUGGAGCUACUACUCACUCCGUUCUCAGGGAGACGAUCUGGGAGAUCCAAGUAUCUUCCUUUGAAGAGCAAGUUCUUUGUGGCUGGAAUCAAUUCACCAUCUGGAAUGCUGGUAAACAGGGUCGAAGGUUCUACAGAACGCUCAAGGAUGAGAACAAACAAAAGGUGAUUGCAUUUUGUGAUGUUGAUGAAAAGAAGAUUGAGAAAGGAGUCUAUAUCUAUGAAGAGAGCAAGAAGUCACCAAAACCCAGGGUUUCAAUUGUACACUUCUCUGAUGCGAUACCACCUUUCAUCAUAUGCAUGAAACAGGAUCUUACAGGAGGUGACUUUGAGAAAAACCUAGGAUCAUUGAAUCUUCAAGAGGGCAAAGACUACUACUUCUGCAGUUGAUGGAGUCUACUACUCUGGAGUUGACAAGGUCUACUUCUCUGGAGUUGACAAGGUCUGCUACUUUUGCAGUUGACAUGAUCUACUACUCCUGCAGUUGACAAGGUUCACUACUUCUGCCAUUGACAGUCUACUACUUCUGCCGCUGACGAGGUCUAGUUGGAUUGGAUUGGAUUGAUGAAGUUUAUUACAUCUGCAGUCGACAACGUCUACUACUUCUGCAGAUGACAAGGUCUACUUAUGCAGUUGACAAGGCCUAAUUCUUUUGCAGUUGACAAGCUCUACUACUCGUACAAUUGAAUAGGUAUGCUACUUCUGCAGUUGACAAAGUCUACUCCUGAAGUCAACAAGAUCUACUUCUGCAGUUUACGUGGUCUACUACUCCUGCAAUUGACAAGGUUCACUAAUUCUGCCGUUGACAGUCUACUACUCCUGAAGUCAACAAGGUCUACUACUUCUGCAGUAGACAAAAUCUACCACUUUUGAAGUUGACAAGAUUCACUUCAGCAGUUACCAAGGUCGGCUACUUCUGCAGUUGCCAAGGUUGGCUACUUCUGCAGUUGACAAGGUCUGCUACUUUUACAGAUAACAAGAUCCACAACUUGUGCAGUUGCCAAGGUUGACCCCGUGCGAGGUAUUGUUAGGUAUCUAUAUAGCCUAAUCUUUUAUUGUAAAAGCUUCAUUAACCGGUUUUCCUCUUUCAGUAUAGGAUAUCUUGUCAGGAUUUCUAUAAACAGUAUUCCUUGAUGAAUUGCUGUCAAUCAGCAUAUGCUCUCUCCAGCUUGUCUGUUAUUGUGGUAGGGCCAGGAAUUUUACAUGGUGCCAGCUUUUUAAUUCACUAAUAUGAUGGUCCCAUCUUCCCCUUCAACUUCAUAUGCUACCUGUAAAAUCAAACAGAGUGGUAUUUUAAAAACGUUUCGGAAAUUAUACAUAUAUUUUCAAUACCAUAUGCCCCUAACGUGCUCUCAUAGAAUGUUAAAUUGAUAUAUACAUGCACUAUAUUUUUUGGAAAUGAGGGCCGAACACAUUUCAUAAAUAUCAAUUUUUUCUAAGAUUGCAAGAAAUGCAUCAAUCACAAUAUAAAGAAAAACAACAUCAAUGCAAUCAAAUAUACACAACCUCCUUUGAUACUCGAACCUUUCUGACAGGAGAAGGUUGCUUGUUGUUGCCCUUUGAUUUUAGUCCUCUUCCUUUCUUUCUUAAAUUUGUUGCGGAGAGAUUCACCCCAACUGUCCUGUAAACACAUGACAUAAAAGUGUGUAUAUAUUACACAUAUGUUACUUUAUUUUACCAUGGUAGCAGGUCAUGUGACGAAUAUUGUUCAUGGGGAAAAAUAAAAGAAAACUCAUGGUCAUUAUAUGAUAAUGUAUGAUGUUUUUAGAGGGAGAUAACUACACACUUCUACAUUGGUUAAUAAGAUUAUCCCACUAUAUACUUAUAUCCACUUUAAUUAACAGUUACUUCCUUUUUUCAAUUGUGUGUUUUGUUGAAACCACAAUUAUCAUGAUACAUGUAUGUACAUGAAAUUGGAUACAAUUCGACAUUUGAGGUAUAUGAAUAGCCUAAUAUUUCAUUGUAAAAACGUCAUUACCUGGUUUUUCUUCUUAAGAAUAAAGUGAAUGUUGGUAUGGAAGCGAUAUUUCCAAAAGAGAGCCCUCCAUAGCACUAGAGUCUAUACCUACGCUGUACUUUUGAGAAAGAGCUUCUCUAGCUUGCAAGCUCCCGGAGCUCGGAGAGAAUGCAUUGCGAAACAUACCGAACCGGAACGUCUCCACACAAAUCGCAACCUUUUGUGGAUGUGCGGUCAUGCGUGACCCACCUCGGUGAGCUCUCGCUUGCACGCAUUCGGAGGUUAAUUUUGGUCGGCUUGGCGGAUCUAAUGGCGCCUGGGCACAAUAGCUAAUUUGGCCCUUCUUGGCCUUUUCGUGCAGGCAUUCCACAGUCAUCUUCUGAUCCUUCUUCUUCAAAGCCGUCUGGCAUACAAACAUGUCUCAUCGAUGUACUAUCCCUUUUUCUUACUAGUGCUUGGUCUACCUGCUGAAUCCAUGGAAUGGAAUGGUAUUAUUAUUGUUAUUUAUUUGGCAUUUCAAAAUACAUAAAUUACAGUACAAUAUAAAUUACAUAAACAAUAGGAUAUACGUGACAUAAUACAAAGGACCUGGAGUAGAGAUGAACAGGCUGCCUGGGUU